AUGUUAAGGAAAGUGGCUGCAGCUGGUCCUGGAUUUCCAACACCUACUCGGAAGCUGAUCAUGGGCCGGCUCUUGCAAGAUUGCAAGGAUCCCACGGACGACGCGUUGAAACCGAUUAAGGACUCGUGGAGCGACAUUGGUGUGAGCAUUGCUACUGACGGAUGGACAGAUAUCUCUAGCCGCCCACAGAUGAACUUCCUAGCAGUGAACACGAAGGGAGCUGUCUUCUUGUUCGGCGUUGAUUGCGGUACAAAGAAGAAGAGCGGCGAGUACAUUGCCGAACACCUCAAGAGAGCCAUCGGCAUGGUUGGAGCAGAGAAUGUGGUGGGGCUGCUAAUGGAUGGCGCAAGCAACAACAUUAGCGCAGCCAACAUCGUGAAGGCGGAAUUUCCUAAGGUGGAAUACAUCCGUUGCGCGGCUCACAUCCUCAACAAUCUGAUGAAAGACAUUGGGGGGCGCAAAUGGGCUGCCAAAAUCAUUGGCAAGGUGCAAGACCUGAUUUCGGUUUUGAAGAAGGCACAUUGGAUCACCGGCUACUUCCGUGAGAAAAAAUCUCUCAUGCUGCUUAAGCCCGCGGGCACACGCUUUGGAACAAACUAUGUAGCGCUGCAACGUUUGCUGGAUGUGCAUCCUGUACUUGACCAAAUGGUGCUAACCACAGGGUGGGCUGCCCAGGCACAUGGGAAGAAGCGGAUGGUUGCGGCACGCGGCGUGAUUAGGGAUGAUGUUUUUUGGGAGGGGGUGGAGAGGGUGGUACGUGUCUUGAAGCCGAUUUACAUGCUCUUGAGGGCGGUUGAUGGAAAUCAGGAGGUUAUGGGGAAGAUGUAUGACAUGAUGCUGGAUUUAGAGGAGAGCAUGAAGACGGCUUGCAGCUGCCUGAGGAGCAAGGAGAGCAAGUGGAUUUUGGGGGCCGUGCGGCGUCACUGGAAUAAGAACAUCAACUGCGCCUUAUAUGUGGUGGGUCGGAUUUUGUAUCCACCGAAUCAAUACGAGAAGAUCUUCGGCAGGGACAUUGAGUGCACUAGGAUCUUCAAGCAGUUCAUAAGGGAUUACUAUAAGGGGGAGUAUGUGGUGGAUAAGGAUGGCACGAAGUUUCCAAUGGCGACCAUUGUUGAGAGGGAGAUUCUUAUUUAUGUGAAAGGAGAAGGGGCCAUUGGUGAGCCGAAGGCAAGGGCAGAUCUCGAGCUCGUGAAGGUGGGCAAGUUGGACCCCGCUCAUUGGUGGGAGUUUAGUGGGGAGCAGCAGUGCCCCAACCUUGCUAAACUGGCUUGCAAGGUUCUCAAGCAGUGUGUUUCUGCUUCCGCGUGUGAAACCAAUUGGGGGGUUUGGGAAUCUAUCCACACCGCGCGGCGAAACCGCCUAGGACCCAAGCGCCUCGAGGACCUUGUCUACGUGACACACAAUUACAACACAGUAUGUAAGGUGCAUGAGGAGCAUGAGAAGCGGUUCUUCAAGGCUGGCCACGAAUCCGUUCAGAUUGAGGAGCAGCAGCAAGAUCCGUAUGGACCGCUCGACGAUGACGACAUCUCCGAUGAUGCUUGCAUGGAAGAUGAAGAGGAAGAAGAGGAGGCGGAUAAGGAGGAGGAAAAAAAGGAGGAGGAUGGAGGAGGAGGGGGGGGAGGAGGAGGAGGAGGAGGAGGAGGAGGAGGAGGAGGAGGAGGAGGGAGGAGGAGGAGGAGGAGGAGGAGGAGGAGGAGGAGGAGGAGGAGGAGGAGGAGGAGGAGGAGGAUGAGGAGGAGGAGGAGAGGAGGAGGAGGAAGGAGGAGGAGGGAGGACGCGGAGGAGGAGGGGGGGGAGGAGGAGGAGGAGGAGGGAGGAGGAGGAGGAGGAGGAGGAGGAGGAAGAGGAAGGAUGAGAUGA